AUGUCCUCCAUGGCGCCGAAUAAUUUCUCCUGGGUUGAACCAGGAAAGCUGGCGGGACUGGCGCUGCCCAGGAUGACCUCCGAUUACCAGUACAUGCUGGAUAAUGGUAUCAAACACCUGGUCUGCCUGUGCGAGAGGAAACCACCUUACCAUGAUACGUGUCCAGAUUUAAAGCUGCACCACAUCAAAAUAGCAGACUUCACUCCUCCUUCGCCAACUCAGAUUGACAGAUUCUUGUCCAUCGUGGAGGAGGCCAACUCAAAGGGGGAGGUAAGAGCUAGGACUCUUGAUAGUCUGUGCUUGAAGGAUGGUUAGUUUUGGAAAUAUUUAGAAAAUCUCUCCUCACACUCAAUCUGAAAACAUUUUGCCAAAAGUUUACUCGACUUUGACAAAACCUUUGGGUGUUAACAACCCUGCAGCUCCUUCAAAAUACAUUUAUCCAAUAUUAGAAAUAGAAUAUUCAGAAAUCGAAAUGCAAACUCUGACUCAUGACACUGACUGAUUCAUUGUUUCUCUUUGCUGCAUGAAACAUGAGUCAACAAAACAAACGCUGCAUUGUUCUUCCGCAGGGUGUGGGAGUUCACUGCAUGCACGGUCAUGGCAGAACAGGGACCAUGCUGGCCUGCUACCUGGUGAAGACGAGGAAGAUUUCCGGGAUCGACGCCAUCAGCGAGAUCCGAAGGAUGAGGAGAGGCUCCAUUGAAACUCACGAGCAGGAGAAAGCUGUGGUGCAGUUUCAUCAGCGCACAAAGUAA